CACGUACACUAGACUCGCUAAAGGAUAAGGGUGUGAUAGGAGGCUACUCAGAUAUGAAAAGAUUAUGAAGGAAGAAUAAACAUCUGAACCAUGUAGUGAAGCUGAGACAGAUCUUAGCACUGGGAUAUUGGCUGAUUUGACGAGGUAUUUGCCAGCCAUGGGUAAUGCUGCGACCAAUCUGGGAUUAUUGCCAAAUAGACAACUGAGGACCACCACCCCAGACAGUGAGUCGGGAGAUUUGGAUCAGGUAAUGCUGAUGACUCUGUGUGACUACCCGCCUGCUGACAUCUGUGAGCCCAUCUUCAGAGUCGGAGAGCGUCUGAGGCUUGUGUCAGAGGAGGGCUACAGGUGGAAGGUGUGUUCACUCCUGACAAAAGAAGAAAACUACAUUCCCCAGUGCCAUGUGGCCAAAGUCUACCAUGGAUGGCUGUUUGAGGGAGUGAGCCGAGUGCAGGCGGAACAACUCCUUUUUCUCCGUGGCAACAGAGUGGGCUCUUUCCUCAUCAGGGAGAGUAGCGCAGGCACAUACAGCCUCUCCAUCAAACACAGAGCAGUGAAGCAUUACCGCAUCAACCGUCUGCCAAACAACUGGUACUACAUCUCCCCACGCCUCACCUUCCAGUGCCUAGAGGACCUGGUCAACCACUAUUCUGACGCAGCGGACGGACUGUGCUGUGUUCUCACAGGUCCCUGCCUGGGAUCGUCUGACUGUGGCUGGACACAGCUGAACUCAGCUCCACCUGUAGACAGUCCACACAGCUUUGACUGGAGAUGCGUCAACAGCUCUGAGCUCCUGCAGGACGAGGCCAGAGCAGCCUCCCCGGGGGAGCCCGACUCCAUGCUCAGCUACGGGGUGCAGAGCAGCGUGAGCUCCUAUCUGUCUCUGGCGGCGGGCGCGCAGGAGACCAAGCGCUACAGCUGGAAGCGGCGCAGAGGCAGGUCGGUGUACGUGCUUCAGCAGUCUCACCUGAGGAACAGGCUGGCCGUGGAGGAGGACAGCUACGAGAGCGUGCCUUAGUGAGGACGGCAGAGGAGGACAGCUACGAGAGCGUGCCUUAGUGAGGACGGCAGAGGAGGACAGCUAUGACAGUUAGUGUGCACCUAAGAUCACCCAGUGGGGGGGAGAUGGGAACGGGAGGUCUUGAGGAGAAGAGGACCGUGAUGAAGACUGAGGGAUAAACGCUGCCUGAAGUCAUGCUGAAUAUGAUGCAAUACAAAGUAGGCCUUUGAUGGAAAUGGGCCAUCAACUGUCUGGAGAUAAAACACUUAACAUGACAUGAAGUCAUUUUUAUUUUUAAGAUUUUAGUAGACUGAUAGGAAUCUGUAUAUCUCUUGCUUGCACAGUCUUGUUUAAUCAAAGUACAAAUAGCACACAGCACUAAGGUGUGGAUCGCACAGGUGUGGAGGUUUGGAACUAACCAGCGCUAAAAGUGGUAGAUGUGAUCCCUGUCAAACGAAACGGCAAUGACAAAGCGAAAGGCAGCGCUAGGACCAUAAUAAUUAUAUUAGUCUAAACAUCUCAUUGCUAAGAAACGUCUCUCUAUAAAGACAGAUUUUUAUUGGUCAGAUUACCUGAAAUGUUCCUAGGACAGGCUACAUUAAACUGACACUGAUGAGCAUUACGUUGGAAAGUUGAACCAAGUUCACCUUGAAUCAACGGUCUGCUCACACGUCACUAAAGUAGUGGUGUGCUGAGUCACUGGGGGAACCAAGUUCAUCUUGAAUCAAAGGUCUGCUCACACGUUACUAAAGUAGUGGUGUGCUGUGUCAGUGGGGUCAGCUGUUCCAAUGCGACCACCAGCAAACAAUAGAAAACCUGCCGCUGCUACCGCAACUACCGCUGAUCAGUGUGAUCCCCGCCUAAUUCCUCAACAACAAAAAAAUGCUUUGGCAGUUUAAGAACAGCUUCUGUUGGGACUCAGAGGGAGGAGGUGUGAUUAGAGGGAGGUAUCUUACCAUGAGGAGUGCUCUGAGGAAGAGGCCUGAGGAGGAGGAGGAGGUGAGGUGAAGACUAGCGAUGUCGGCUCCAUUCCUCUCAGCGCCCAGCGUCACACGUCUGGAGUCCCCCCCAAACUGAGCGAUGUUCUUGCGGACCCACUGCAGAGCUGCCACCUGGUCCAGCAAGCCAUAGUUCCCUGGGAGGCUGUCUGAUCCUUUACAUAAUAUGAAAUGUAAUAUGAAUGUAAUAUUUCAUAAUAUGAAAUGUAAUAUGAAUGUAAUAUUUCAUAAUAUGAAAUACGUAACUGUAUCAUAAAAGCUAGAAGCUUUAACCAUUCUGUACAUAAUCUGAUAGAGGAAUUUGAUAUGACAAUCACCAACGCCACGUUGACAAGAUCCAGACAGGAACCAUUUGUGAUUACUACCGAAACUGUACAAUUCAGUAAAUAAUCUUCAAGUUAAAUCAUAUAGCCACAUAUGCAUUUAAGGAGCUUUUCACUUUAACUCUGCCUUUUAGUCUGCCAUGGUUUCAGUGUAAACACUGUAGCUUAUAUACCCCCUUCAGUGAAAACCACUUCCUUGUGGUAGAAUAACAAGCAGUUAGUCCACGGGUGAAUUUAAACAAGGAGCUGCUGGACUGCAUUCCCUGCCAACUUAGGCCUAUUUUGGCUUCUUGGCUUCUGCAAUGGACUAAGCACCAGUCGGUCAAACUCUAUAGACGGUGUGGCUGCCAAAUACCUUUUCACACAGAACACUGAUCUGGCUGCAGUGCAGUUGGAGAGUGCCAGAGAGCAAAAUGUGCUGUUUUAGAGGUAGUAUAAAGUAGUCAGGAGAGCAUUAUGUCUUGUUUGUUUUUAGGUCAAUGCAGUCAAAGUGUCUCAAUGUUCAAAGGUUACAUCCAACAAGGAACCAACAAAAAUAAAUGACUAUUGCAAAACUUAA